AUGGACGUUACCGUAGUGAAAGCUUUGGCGGACUGCUUAACUACAGCUUACAGAGAUGCGGAAAGGGUUGGGCAUAGUCAUAUCGGUGCUGAGGCCUUUCGAAAUGACACUGUCAAAACUUCCUUUAUUAACUUUUUCGCUGCCCUCCCGGACGAGAUCAAGGCAGCUGUAAAGAAGUCCCACCACAAGAGAGAUGCCGGCCCAUUGACCCCAAUAACCCUUUCCGCGGAGCUUCAACCUUCCUUUAACAAAUGGAAAGAGAAUAUCUCGUCCUUUUAUACCCAGGUUGGUUAUACCGUUGAGGCCAAUUGCUCUCUGAAGAGCCUAUACAGCUUCUUAACCGCGGCGGAGAAUGGAUAUGCGAGCGGCCGAGCACGAACAAAGCUCCUUUACGUUGCUUUGUUCCUCAUCAAGGAACGCUUUGGCCGCUAUGAGUUACAGGAAAAUGCCAUUGAAAUCUUCCAGCGGGCCAUGGGCGAUAAUCCCCCGCAGGGGAUGAGUGAGAAAAUAAGCGUGUGGGCUUUGAAAGGGGAGAAGUAUAAUCGCCUUGCAGCUGAUUUGGGAGGCCACGGAACGUUGCUCCUACUACCUGAAAGAGAUUCAAUUUGGGAGCGAAGGCUACCAAAAACAGGCCAGAAGCGCUUAAAGGAGACCGACUUGCUCCUAGCCCGAGGUAUCAAUGAAGAAGCUACGCGUAUUGGUGCCCAUGAUGUGGCCAAGAGUAUUAUUGAUAAUGUGGUUCGGAAUAUCUCACAGCAGCUUGGUACUCUGGAAUCAUUUAAUUCGAUGCCGCCUAUCCUGCCACAACGCGCUACGGGACGGGAGAUACACGAAAGCUUGGGAACGAACGAUGAGACUCGGGACGACCUCUCCCUUCAUUCAUGCAUUUCUGCUGCAAGCAGCCAUGCUACACCGUAUGCUGGAGAAAUUAUAUCGACAUCCUCCCCCAAAAAUUCGUCAGAUUCCUCCCGUACACCCCAGGAUUCUUCGCACGAUACAGUGGCACAAAUAGAGCUAGGCAGACGAGCCAACCAUGAUCUCAAUGGGCAACAUUCAUGUAAUUUCACGGAAGCCUCCAACCAAGGGAUAGUGGCACCGAGCGUUCACCGAACCAUAACCGCGCGUCAGAUAGCGCCAAUACGUACAGUCGCUAUCGGAGCUCUCCUAAAUACAAAUGAAGGAGUAACCGCAUUGUCGAGUGAUACUCUAGAGAGUACGGGGAGCUCGGCCAUCCUUACUUCCCAGUAUCAUCCGUCCCGGGAUCAUAACACCAACAGAACCGCGCAAAUAUCUCCAGACACUGCAGGUGAAAACCAGCCCACAGAAGGGCAAUCAGGGCUGGGCCAGAUUACUAUAAUAACACCUAGGUCGGACUUGCAUGUGGAGGACAGCAAUAUCCAGAACGGUACAAUCGGACAUCCAGAGGACGCCAGAGAUUCCCUAACUCACCUAUCUACAGAUAAUUCUGUGUGGGAAAGGCUUCACACGUCUUUUAACCCGUCAAGUUACUAUAGGCAAGUUCCACAGACAAUUUCACCAACCACUCCUUUUGAUCCGUCGGGCUUCUAUGAGACAUUGCAAACAUUUCAAUUUUAUAAUUCACCACUUCACUUCAAUCCAUCGGGGCACUAUGAGCAUUAUAUAGAAGACGAGGUUCCUAUAAUGUCUUUCGAUCCAUCGAGCUUGGGUUUAGAAUGCCAUCCUUCCGGUCAUCAGGCAUUGCUGUAA